AUGGCCCGUGGCCCUGCUGGGACGAGCCCGGGAAGGCGGCCCCAACUGUUGCCGCUGCUGCCUCUGCUUCUGCUGCUGCUCCGGGACGCGGGCGGCAGCCACCCGGCCCCUGCCUGGUCCGCCUUGCCUGCAGCCUCUGAUGGUCUGGCUGGGAUCAAGGACCCCUGGCGGUCCCUGGGGGACGCGGCCACCACUCUGGGCCCCGGCGCCCAAGACAUGGUCGCUGUCCACAUGCUCCGGCUUUAUGAGAAAUACAGUCGGAGGGGCGCGAGGCCAGGAGGGGGCAACACGGUUCGCAGCUUCCGGGCCCGGCUGGAAGUGGUCGACCAGAAGGCUGUGUAUUUCUUCAACCUGACUUCUAUGCAGGAUUCAGAAAUGAUCCUCGCGGCCACAUUCCACUUCUACGCAGAACCUCGGUGGCCCCGGGCACGAGAGGCCCCAUGCAAGCAGCGGGCCAAGAACGUGUCCUGCCGCCUACUGCCCCUGGGCCUGCCCGCUCGCCAGCACCUUCUCUUCCGCAGUCUCUCUCAGAACACGGCCACACAGGGGCUGCUCCGCGGGGCCAUGGCCCUGGCGCCCCCGCCACGGGGACUGUGGCAGGCCAAGGACAUCUCCCCCAUCGUCAAGGCAGCCCGCCAAGAUGGCGAGCUGAUCCUCUCUGCUCAGCUGGAUCCUGGGGAGAAGGCCCCAGGGGGGUCCAGGCCCAGCCCGCACGCGCCCUACAUCCUCAUCUACGCUGACGACCUGGCCAUCUCGGAGCCUAACAGUGUGGCAGUGACACUACAGAGAUAUGACCCCUUCCAGGCUGGGGACCCGGAGCCCGGCGCUGCCCCCAACAGCUCGGCGGACCCCCGCGUGCGCCGGGCCACGCAGGCCACCGGACCCCUCCAGGACAACGAGCUGCCAGGGCUGGACGAGAGGCCGGCGCACGCCUCCCACGCCCAGCACUACCACAAGCACGAACUGUGGCCGGGCCCUUUCCGGGCGCUGAAGCCGCGGCCUGGGCGCAAGGACCGCCGGAAGAAGGGCCCGGAUGUGUUCAUGGGCUCCUCGAAGGUGCUGGACUUCGACGAGAAGACGAUGCAGAAAGCCCGGAGGAAGCAGUGGGCCGAGCCGAGGGUCUGCUCCCGCAGGUAUUUGAAGGUGGACUUCGCAGACAUCGGGUGGAACGAAUGGAUCAUCUUGCCCAAGUCCUUCGACGCCUACUACUGCGCCGGCGUGUGCGAGUUUCCCAUGCCCAAGAUGGUCCGCCCGUCCAACCACGCCACCAUCCAGAGCAUCGUCAGGGCUGUGGGCAUCGUCCCAGGCAUCCCAGAGCCUUGCUGCGUUCCCGACAAGAUGAACUCUCUUGGGGUCCUCUUCCUGGACGAGAACCGGAACGUGGUUCUGAAGGUGUACCCCAACAUGUCUGUGGAGACCUGUGCCUGCCGGUAA